AUGGCACCCCUCAUCCUAACGAUGGUUCGGCACGGCGAGUCGAAGGACAACUUGACCGCGCUGUGGGCGGGUCAUAGGGACGCUCCGCUGUCUACGCAUGGCUACAGCCAGGCGCUGAGGCUCGGAGAGGCGUUUGCGGACGUGCCGAUUACCGCUAUUUACGCUUCCGACCUCUCGCGAGCGCAUACGACGGCGAAGAAGGUAUACGAGGCGAACAAGACGACCCCCAAGCCCCCCUUCACCGUCUCUCCUCUGCUCCGUGAGCAGUUCUUUGGCGAGGCGGAGGGUGCGCCUUGGGACGCGGGCAAGUACUCGAGCGCGCAUUUGCCUUGGGAGGAUCACCGGGCGUUCCGCUUGGCGCCGAACGCAGAGUCCUUGAACGACGUCGCCCGCCGCGCCGACCUCGUCCUCCGCCACUUUGUCCUCCCUCACGUCCUCGCAACCGCCCAAGUCCCGCCUUCCGCCUCUCACCCCGAGCAACACCAUAUCAUGCUUUUCGCGCACGGCAUCUGGCUGUCCGAGAUGCUCUUCGCCCUCAAGCGCGCAGGAGACCCGAGGAUCCGCUUUGUCAAGUCGGGCGGGUAUCAGAACACCGCCUGGACGCGCAUCGAGAUUGAGCUGGACGACCAUUCGGCUCUGCAUGCGCUUCCUUCGUCGGCUGUCGGCGGUCAGGCCGGACAGCAACCUCCGCAGAAUGGACAGUACGCAUCGCCUCCCGCACCGUCCGAAGCUGCCCCGACUCCUUCACCCCAUUCUUCUCCCUCUCGCAAGUCAGCGUCUUCUCCGUCGAAGUCUCGCUCCGCAGUCGACGACGCCGACCGCCCUCCUCUCCCCGACGAGUUCCACUCCCUUCUCCCUACCCUUCCCGCUAUCCCACCUCGCGAUCCCACUCUCCCUCCAGCCUGGCCGCACGCAGACGACCAUUCCCGUCCCGUCCCAAAGCUGCGUCACCGCGUCGUCGUAUUCGGACAGGCAGAUCACCUGAACGGUUUGAAGCGGACGCGAGGGGGUGUUGGGAGUGGAGCGUGGGACGAUAAGCAAAGGGGUUUGAAGGAGUUCUUUGCGGGAGGCGGGAAAACGAAUGGGACGGCGAAGCAGUAG